AAGAAACAAAGACAAGAAAUAAAAUUAAAUAUAAUUAAUAAUAUAUUAACUAAAAGAUAUAAUAAAAAUGAAAAAGAAGAGAAUAACCCUCGUUAUCUGUUAAAGGAAACCCUUUUUAACAAAUAACUUAGCACGAACAUGCAAUACAUCGCUGCUUAUAUUCUUUGCACUAUUGGACAUGAAAACGCUGAAGAAGCUAAAGUCAAGGAAAUCCUUACUGCUGCUGGUGCUGAAAUCGAUGAAGCUAAAAUCAAACAAGUUUUUGAUGCCAUGAACGGUAAGAAUGUUUGGGAAGUUAUUGAAGCUGGAAAGAAACAAAUGGGAUCAAUGGCUGUUGCCGCUGCUGCCCCAGCUGCUGGUGCUGCUGCUCAAACUGAAACCAAAGCUGAAGAAAAGAAAGAAGAGAAAAAAGAAGAAGAAGAAGAGGAAGACUUCGGAGGAUUUGGUGAUCUCUUCUAAGCGUUGCAUAACUCGUUGCUGAGUAAUCAUUUUUUUAUUGGUUUUUUUGUUAUUAAUAUUUUUUAUUAAAUUUAUAAAAAUAAAUGAAGCAAUAAAAAAAAUAAUUCUUUAUUAAUAAAAAAAAAAAAAAUAAAAAUUUAUUUAAAAUAAAUGAAUUCAAAUCGUUUAAAGAACGUGUGAAGCUGAUCCUGAAGCAUUCUUCAUCUUAGCUAAGAUAAUUUCUGCAGAAACAUCUUCAAGGUCUGAACACAUAUGAGUAAUAUGGAAUUGUCCAAAUUGAUCUUGAAUUGAACUAAGUUGCAUUCCAACACCAGCCUUUUGAAGUCUUGGAGAUUUAUCACCAAUGAAUUCAAUGAAAGCAAAUUUAACACAAAUAGAAUCAUCAAUUUUAUCAAAAUCUCUAGCAAAUGCAAAGUAAAUUCCAGUAUCUUUGAAAAGUGUUUUCAAUUCAUCAACUCCUCCUUCACCAGAACCAGCAAUAACGAGUUUUUUACUCUUUGGUCCUUCAUAAGUUAAACAAAUCCAAUUAGUCUUUUCAUUUUCAUUACGAAUUUUAGACAUAAUUUCUUGGAAUUUCUCUUUUUCAACAAUUUCUAC